AUGUACUUGGCCUGGAAGAUUCUUUUUGAUGAAGUUCAAGGCCUACCUGCUGCUGCUUUUGCCGACAAAAUGUUGCCAGAGCUGAUUGAUUCAAAAGAAGAUAAAGUCAGGAAGGGAUCCAAUGGAACAUUGAGUUGUUCCUUCAAGGCUCAUCCACUAGCCAAAGUGUUAUGGUUCAGAGACAAUGUCUCACUUCCCUCAGAUUCAAGGUUCAAAGUGGAGACAAAGGCAGGUGCAAAUGAGUCUGUGACAGUUUACCAGUUGAUGGUUUUCCAAGCAGAGUCACACGACAAUGGCACAUACAAAUGUGAGGCUUCUAAUCCCCGUGGCAGAGCUGAGAGUUUUGUGGCUCUCACCGUUCAAGAAAAGCCUAAAGUCACUCUGGAUGUGGUGAAAGGAGUGGGAAAAGGGAAAUUGUUUGUGAAUUGGACAGUAUAUGAUGGGAAUGCUCCCUUGGAUCAAUAUUAUGUUCAGUAUAUGAAAGAGGGAGGUGAUGAAUGGGUUGCCCUCAGCAAGAGAGUGGCUGGGUCUGACCGCCAGGUUGUUCUCGUGGGUCUUGAACCAUCAACAGCCUACCUUGUACGAGUCCAGGGUAAGAAUGCCAUUGACAUGGGGUCAUGGUCUGAAGAGAGUGUUGCUGUCAGGACCUUGACGGAGGAUAUGACAUAUGAGCCGGAAAUCACUAUCAAAGCCUCCACGUCACAAUCCUUAAACAUGGCAUGGAAUCCUCCACCAAAAACCAUCCAGGACUUUGUGAAGGCUUGUAAUGCAUACACAGAUGAGUGUGGACCAUGGUCAAAACCAGCCAAUGAAUCCACCCUUGAUGGACCUGCCAGUCCACCUAUGAAGGUUCGGGUGAAUUGCCAGUCUGAUCAACAUGGGAGUUACCUUCAUAUCUCCUGGGAUCCUCCAACACAGUCAAAUGGACAGAUGUUCAAGGCAGAAUACAAAGUGUUCGUUGAAGAAAAAUCAGUUUUUCUGAAUGAACUUGGUGUAUGGGAGGAGGCAAAAGAUACAAAUGUGCUCUCUGCUCAUAACCGUUCAUCACUCACCAUUCAAGGCAUUCCAAAUACUAAUUAUACCAUUCAGGUAUGUGCCAUGUCACGAAAUGGGCAAUGUGGAACGAAGAGCCGAGUCACAAAGGUAUCUGAGUGUUACAUGGGGCCCAAUCUUCCCAAGCAACUUCCUCGCUUCACUUGGAGGAAGCUGAAAUCCUCUGAGGAGAACCAGAUAUUCAAAGUAUUGCUUGUCAGAGCAUCUGAGCGCUAUGGCCCCAUCUGCUGUUAUAGGGUGGUGAUUGUGCGAUAUGGAGAAGAUCUGCAGGGAAGAGAGUUGCCAUAUCCACAGGAAAUAUCAGUUUCCACAUAUCAAGAGGCUCAUAACCACCGAGGACAGCACCUGACUGGAUAUAUUGCAGAAAUGUUUGAUAGCAAUCGCUUCCAAGAUGAGGUCAUAGUUGGGGAUGGAUCUCUAUCUGUACCACCACCUCAAUGUUCUGCAUGCUACUCACAAUCAUAUGCAAAUUUCGAUGAAGCGGGAUUUUCACGAAAUCGCCGCUACACACCGAACAUCCCCACUUCUUUCCCCAUUGUUGAAGAUGGUCCACUGGAGUCCAAUAGCACUUAUAGUGGGUUCAUAGAAGUCAUUGUGAAAACACUGACUGGAGAUGUAGUGAGAAAACCAAGUGAAUACUUCACCCUACUUGGAUCAAGUGAUCAAGAAAGCCCUCGAGAUGAGGCUCCUCCCCAGUCUGAUUUGAUCCCCAUCCUUGGUGUCACCCUGGGGUUGUUGGUUGUUGUUACCUUCAUCCUGGCUGUCUGUGUCCUCCGACGGUACUCUAAGCUCAUUUCAGCUGAGCAAGGCAUUGAGCUCUCCUUCCGUUCCUCUGUGAGACACAUGUGGGCAACACUGCGUGGACACCCAGAAGGAAUCCCACUGGCAACUGCAUCACCUCCAGAUAUCUCUCCCAUCCCUAAGCAUCAACUUGUUGAUGCUUUCAUUGACAGACAUCGGGACUCAGAUCUUGGCUUUAGGCAUGAAUUUGAGAUGCUUCCUGAAUGCUUCUCGGAUCGAACGAGCAAGGCAUCUGAAGACCCUCACAACAGUGCCAAGAAUCGCUAUCCAGACAUCAAAGCCUACGAUCAGACUCGGGUCUUCCUCUCUACUUCUCCCUUACAUCCAUCUGAUUACAUUAAUGCAAAUUUUGUCAAAGGGUACAAGGAUCGAAAGACUUUCAUCUGUGCUCAAGGUCCAUUGCUGGGAACAGUGGCUGAUUUCUGGCAUAUGAUUUGGGAGCAGAAGAUAUCCCUCAUGGUGAUGCUUACUAACUUCGAAGAGAAUGGGAAGGUGAAAUGUGCCCGAUAUUGGCCUGAGGAGAGCUCUGAGUACUAUGGAGAUUGCCUUGUCUCCUGCACUGCAGAGAAAACCUACUCUGAUUAUGUGCUGCGUCGCCUUCGAGCCGAGCGGAAGAAGGAAAUGAUGGGAAAUGGGAAAAGGAACUCAGUGGAAGAAUGCAGCCUAAAGGACAAGGAAGAGGGAGAGGGUCACAUCGAGAAAGAUGUCCGUGAGAUCACUCACUUCCAUUAUUUAGUCUGGCGAGACUUCAUGGCACCUGAGCAACCCAAUGGUCUCUUGAAAUUCAUCAAACGCAUCAAUGAAACCUUCAAUGCUCCUGAGUUCAAUUCCAAGGGAAUCAUCCUUGUGCAUUGCAGUGCUGGUGUUGGGAGGACUGGAACUUUAGUUGCAAUUGACUCCUUGCUUCAAGAGUUAGAAGAGGAAGGUCAGGCCAGCAUAUUUUCCUUCAUCUCAGAGCUCAGACAUCAGAGGAAUUACCUUGUCCAAUCUAUUAAACAGUACAUGUUUGUGUUUCGAGCUUUGAUGGAACAUGCCCAAUUUGGGGACACAGAAAUCCCUUCAUCAGAGUUGAUUGAGCGCUUUCAUGAGCUCCAAGAGAAACUUCCUGAAGGCCAAACACUUAUUAAGCAUGAAUUUCAGAAAUUGUCAGAAGUUGUGGAGGAUCCAUAUCCCUGUAACCAGGCAAGAAAAAACAGAGGGAAGAAUCGUUAUGAGGACUGUGUUCCGUUGGACAAGAAUCGUGUAAUCUUGAAUCCUAUCUUCUCCAGACCAGAGGACACAUACAUCAAUGCCUCUUUCAUUCAGGGAUAUGACCAUUCCAAUACAUACAUUGUGGCACAGGACCCACUGCAGUCCACAGUGGCAGAUUUCUGGCGUUUGAUUAUGGAUCAGGGAGUGAACAGUAUUGUGAUGCUGAGUGAAGGUGACUGUGAAGGGGAGGAUGAAGACACAGUAGAUGAGGCAAGGAAGCAUCUCUGCCCACAGUAUUGGCCUGAGGGUGAAGAACAGGUAACCCAUGACCACCUCAAGAUCCUCCUCACCAAAAUGGAGACCCUGCCGAUGUUCAUCAAGCGCACCUUCACCAUCACAAAUACCAAGAAUAAGGAAGAGGUAAAGGUGACCCAAUUUCAAUACCUGGCUUGGGAAGGGGGUGUGGGAUCUAUCCCAGAAUCCCCAUCAUCUCUCUUGGACCUAAUUGGUCGUGUGAGUCGGAAUCAAGAAGAUGCCACCCUUCUCCCAGGAGAAGAGAUGGAGACUGCUUGUGGGAAGCCUGCCCUGAGCAUCCUGAAACCACCACCUCCUAUCCUUGUUCAUUGCAGUGGAGGAAGUGAUCGGAGUUCAGUGUUUGUUGCCCUGGGGAUCCUUCUGCAGCAGUUGAGGACAGAAGGGCAUGCAGAUGUAUUCCAGGUGGUUCGCAACCUUCGCUCCCAACGACCACAAUUCCUUCAGCAUGAAGAACAGUACGAGUUUCUCUACAGGGCAUUGGUGGACUAUCUGAAUGGGUCAAGUUGAGAUGGUGGUGCUGGAUUGUGUGUCAACUUGCCAGUGACUUCAACAUUUAUGCUCUAUUCUUUCUCUUAUCUAUCAUGCUCAUCCUCGUGUCAUUCAGUGUCUAUUUUUUUUUUUGGUACAUUCAUGCUAUGAUGUUGGAUGUGUUGUUUACUUUUUGCAUGACUGUUUCCCCAGCGCAUUUUCAUCCAGGCUAGUCACUCCCCCAUGUUAUUCCACAUUCUUCCUCUGCCUCUGUUGGUCUCAUGUUGAAAAACAUUGUCAGGACUCAAAGACAGAGGCUGUGAUCUCAUCCUGUUCCCAAGGAAUCUCAUCUUUUUGUUUUCUUUCUCCCUCUCUUCCAGGAAAAGCCAGAGGCAUUUAUCUGUGGACCUUGUAAAUAAAAUCUGCC